GGGUGAAGGUCUUCUCUCUGCUGGGGGCCUCCAGGCUGGCUGGGGUGGCCCAAGGCUGAGAGCUCAGCUGAACAUGGAUCCUGGCGCCCCCGCUCCCCAUUUGGGCACCUUCCUCCCCCUCCCCAAAGGUAUAUCCUUCUCUAUCACGUCCGGAGACUGGGAUUGCUUCCUGGAUUCCCACAAACACCCAGACAGGCAUUCAGAACUGGGAUGGCUGUGUGUGGGAAGGCAGUUUGUGAGGCAGCAGCACUCUCGGCCUGAACACACCAGUCCUGGAUGUUUUGCCUCCAUUUAUGUGUGUGGCUAAUGAAGAGAAAGGGCUUCCCUAUCCUCAGGGAUGCGGGUCAGUCCUCCUCCUGAACCACCAACGUGAUGCUACAGAGUCUGGUUCGUGUGUCUGUGUGGGUCGGUGCCACUUUGGUCUGUACGAAGCCGCUCAGUGCCUUAAAGGAUGCCAAGCUGGAGUUAUGGACUUCAGGCACUGAACGUUGGCUCAGAAAGAGGGGCACUCGGUCAGAGUUUAUCGAGAGAUUCCUGCCCAGGGAACUUCAGAUCGUCAAGCGCCUGGACCACAAGAACAUCAUCCAGGUGUACGAGAUGCUGGAGUCCACGGACGGGAAGAUCUACCUGGUGAUGGAACUGGCGGAGGAUGGCGACGUCUUUGACUGCGUCCUGCAAGGGGGGCCCCUGCCCGAGAACCGAGCCAAAGCCCUCUUCCGCCAGCUGGUGGAAGCAAUCCGCUACUGCCACAGCUGUGGCGUGGCCCACCGUGACCUGAAGUGUGAAAAUGCCCUCCUGCAGGGCUUCAACCUGAAACUGACGGACUUUGGAUUUGCCAAGCUGCUCCCCAAGAACCGCAAGGAGUUGAGCCAGACGUUCUGUGGCAGCACUGCCUACGCAGCCCCCGAGGUGCUGCAGGGAGUGCCCCACGACAGCAGGAAAGGGGACAUUUGGAGUAUGGGCGUGGUUCUGUAUGUCAUGCUCUGUGCAAACCUGCCCUUUGACGACACAGACAUCCCCAAGAUGCUUUGCCACCAGCAGAAAGGGGUCUCCAUCCCCGGACACUUGGGGAUUUCGGAGGAAUGCCAGGACCUUCUCAAAAGCCUGUUGGAACCGGACAUGAUCCUGAGGCCUUCCAUCGAAGAAGUGAGUUGGCACCCGUGGUUAGCAAACUCCUGAGAAACGGACCAUGUCAACACUCUCCCCAAAUAAAAGGGGACAGGCUGUUUCCAAAAUGCUCACAUAUAUUUUAACGUUA